AUGGAAUGCAUGACGGAAGCUAACGUCCACAUUAUAGCGUGUUUGUCGUUCCAGCAACAAUCCUGUCCUCAAACCCUUCGUGACCGUGCCGUCGUCUCUUCUACAACCACAUCACGCCUGCUUCUCGCACACCCCAGGGCUGGCCAGUCAGCGUCGCAGCAGUGGGACAAGGCCCGACGACAACGACACCUCACUCCUGUCUCCUUAGACCACCCGCAUCCGAAGACGCUCCCACCGCCCAUCGCCACGCCCGAUCCGCGGCCAUUUUCGCAUAUUCGACAUUCUCCAGGCCCUGCUGCCGUGCUCUGCGCCAGUCUGCCGCGCCUGCAUCGCCCUGACGUCGCACGGGCUUCCACGACCAGCACACGACAUUCGGCCACCGCGCGACUCCCUCCACUUCCCACCCGCUGCACCGCCCGACCUCUGCAUCAUUCCGCGACGCAUGAGUUCUUGAUCCGACUGUCGACUGUCGCUGUCGCCUCUGAUUGCCUUUGGUGUUGUGACGCUGCCGUCAAGCCGCUAAAGCGGAGAGGACGGGCAUCUCGAGAAAAGUGUCCCUGA